CCCCGCCCGGCAAGGCCACCGGUCUGGACGGGAGGGAGGCUGUACCGCACUUAAAUGCGAGCGUAACUUAACUACCUUCCCCGUAUCGGCGAGGAACAGACAGAGGAAGGAGGAGGAGGAGGAGGAGGAGGAAGCGAAGCGGAAAUGGGGCUCCGCGUCCGCGCCUCCUCGCUCCUGCUAGCCCUGGCGCUCGAGCUCGCCGUCGCGCUCGUCUCAGUGUCGGCGCAGCAGAAGUUCGGGAUCAACUACGGGCAGAUCGCCAACGACCUGCCGGACCCGACGCGGGUGGCGGGGCUGCUCCAGUCCAUGAACGUGAACAAGGUGAAGCUCUACGACGCGGACCCCAGGGUGCUGACGGCCUUCGCCAACACCGGCGUCGAGUUCAUCAUCGCCGUGGGCAACGAGAACCUGCAGACCAUGGCCGCCAACCCCGCCGCGGCGCGCCAGUGGGUCGCCACUCACGUGCAGCCCUACAUCCCGGCGACGCGCAUCACCUGCGUCACCGUCGGCAACGAGGUCUUCUCCAGCAACGACACCGUCAUGAUGUCCAGCCUCCUCCCCGCCAUGAAGGCCGUCUCCGACGCGCUCGGGGACCUGGGCCUCGGCGGCCAGGUCACCGUGUCGUCCGCGCACUCCGUGAACGUGCUCGCCACCAGCUUCCCGCCGUCGUCGGGCGCGUUCCGGGAGGACCUCGCCGAGUACAUCCAGCCGAUCCUGGACUUCCACGGCCAGACGAGGUCGCCGUUCCUCAUCAACGCUUACCCAUUCUUUGCGUACAAGGCGAGCCCGGGCAGCGUGUCGCUGCCGUACGUGCUGUUCGAGCCCAACCCGGGCGUGCGCGACCCAAACACCAACCUCGGCUACGACAACAUGCUCUACGCCCAGAUCGACGCCGUGUACUCGGCGAUGAAGGCCAUGGGGCACACGGACGUGGCCGUGAGGAUCUCCGAGACCGGGUGGCCGUCCAAGGGCGACGAGGACGAGACCGGCGCCACUGUGCAGAACGCCGCGGCGUACAACGGCAACCUGAUGCAGAGGAUCGCCAUGAACCAGGGGACGCCGCUCAAGCCCAACGUGCCCAUCGACGUCUACGUCUUCGCGCUGUUCAACGAGGACAUGAAGCCAGGGCCGACGUCGGAACGGAACUACGGGUUGUUCUACCCCAACGGCUCGCCGGUGUACGCGAUUAACGCCGGCUCCGGCUCCGGCUCCGGCGGCGGCGGCGGGUUUGGUCCGGGCGGGUCUCUGAACCCGUACUACACGUCCAUGUUCUCCUCCUCGUCCAAAUUGGCGAUAACGUUUCCGACGGGGGUGGUUCUCCUACUCGCCGCAUUAUUCCUCUGAGCUUCCUCCACACGUACCACCCACAGAGAGAAAGGCGCGCAGAUCAUUGGCGGGUUCCCUUCCGACUGACGCAAUCCGGGCCGCGUUGUCACCGCCACCCUUCAGUGCCGGUGCCGACUGCCGGCUAUGGUGCAUUGCCUCCCCUCACUGACAGCGAGGACAGACAGUUUGUUGUUCUGUAUAGACGAUCCGUGAUGUGCCUGCGCUGUGAUCGUGGAGGAAGGGUACAGCACUAGAUAGAGGAGUCAUCUGUACUGACGUAGUAGCUAGCUUGCCCUGCACUUGUUGCUGACGAUCAGCUAGUCGUGUCACUUUGAAAGCAUGAAAGAACAAGAUGAACAGUGCAGCAGCAAGCAAAUGAGUCAUUGUAUCCAUUUAUUUGUAUUGUUCGUGCUGAGGUUAUUGCAUUUAUUCAUCGCAGAAUUUGAUACAGA